AUGGCGCCCGUACUCGGCCGCGUGCAGGGAACCGACCUGAAGGUUGCCGUUAUCGGCGAUGAGGAUACCGUCGCGGGCUUUCUCAUGGCAGGAAUCGGCAUGCGCGAUGGGCUGGGUCGCACGAACUUCUUCGUCGUCGAUUCGAAAACGAAGCGGCAAGAUGUUGAAGAGGCUUUUCGCACUUUGACGGAGCGACAGGACAUCGGCAUUGUGCUUAUCAACCAGCACGUAGCUGAUGACAUCCGGUACCUGGUCGACCUGCACAACAAGAUUAUUCCCACAAUCUUGGAGAUUCCCAGCAAAGAUAAACCUUAUGACCCCAGCAAGGAUUCCGUCAUGCAGCGCAUCAAGUUCUUCUUCGGUGGCGAGCUUCCCACGUCUUGA